AUGCCUACAACAGCGAGGGGAUUAAUUUUAUGAAGGGAUUCUUGAUGGGAACCUCAUUAAAAUAGUAUUUUACGCCAGAACCUAAGGGAAACGAACUGGAAACGUGUGCUGGUUUAUUUUACAUCCGCAGCUUUUCUCUUUGCUCUAUAAUCGGCUCCUGAAAUGUCCAAACCUGCAGUAAUUUCCCUCCAUCAGGCGCUGAGGAGAAGCUUCGUGUGUCUGGAGAACAGUCAGAAGGUGUGGAGGAGUGUGUUGUUGGAGUGCGGUCCGCUCAUGGAGUCUCUGGGGAAUCUGGCCGAGCAGUCAGCAGCGCUGUCCAGCGUCCAGAUCUCCAACACGCCGCUCAGAGACUUCCCUGAACUGGAGGAUCGGCUGCGUUUCAAACUGUCUCAGGCCACAGACACGGUCCUGAGCAAACUCAACGACAAGAUGUCCUCUCUGCAGUCGGUCAGAGACUCCGUCAGUAAUCAGCUGUCUGCGGUCCAGCAGCAGUUUGAACAGAACUCAGACAGUCUGGAUGUGAUCGAUGUAACCGAGCGAUCGGCCGCAACGCCGUCAGUCGCUGAUAUGAUGGAGUGGCUUCAGGACGCAGAGCGCCACUAUCGGCAGCAAUUCCUGAGGAGGAAAACUCUGCUGCAGACGCUGAGAGUCGACGACUUCUCCCUUCUGGAAUCUGCCCCCAAGAGAUGGAAGUCACUGGACAGCGCAGAGGAUCCCGUCACAGAUACACUUUGCAAAGUUUCCUUCUUCAUGGAGUCGCAGUGAGGACGGCUGAAGGGACGCUUAACCGUGAACCUGAAAGCAAACCGACUGAACUUAUGUAACUGGGAUGGACGCUCAGAUGUCUGGGCGAGGACCAGAGUCUUCUUCAGCCACACAAACCGCCUGCAGAUGGGGAUUAUCUGCAUGAACCGGACUGUGCAUGAAGACGAAUGGAAAGGACAUCGUUUCACAUUUGAACUUUUUCACAUUUGCAAAUUUUUGCUGCCGUAAAAUAAAUACAAACUCCAGAAAAA